CUCUUAAUCUUUUGUCAUUAGUCAAACCACCGUACCGAGGUUUAACCCUUACUGUCGCACCGGAAAAUGGAGGACGCCGGGAGCAGCCGCGGCGGCACCAGCUCUUGCUACAGAGGUGUCCGGAAGCGGAAAUGGGGGAAGUGGGUGUCUGAGAUCCGCGAGCCCGGGAAGAAGACGAGGAUAUGGCUCGGCAGCUUCGACACCCCGGAGAUGGCCGCCGCUGCCUACGACGUGGCCGCCCUCCACUUCCGGGGCUGCAACGCCUGCCUCAACUUCCCUGCGCAGGCCACCGGCCUCCCCCGCCCAGAGAGCUCGGGUGCCGACGACGUGCGCAUGGCGGCUCACGAGGCAGCACUACAGCGGCGGGUGGGGGCAGCUCCCCCCGGCAGCACUGGCGGUGGCGGCAAGUCGGGGGCUCUGAACAAGGCGGCCCCAGUGACUGUGAGCCUCCCGCCUGCCAUGAUUGCGGCCAUCAACGAGUGGCCACUGGAUUCGCCGACGAUGUGGAUGCAAAUGGCGGAGGCGCUGGCGGCGCCGGGGCCGUGCUCCACCGCGAGCAACGCUAACGCUCGGGACAAAGAGCUAUUCGGGGACGCCCACGCCGAGUGUUUGCUCUGGGAAAGGAUAUAGCCCUAUAGCCCUAUAGCCCUAUAGCCUUAUAGCCCUAUAUAACUUAUGGAUAGAUCAUCUUGCAUCUGCAAAAACAGUUAGCAAUUUUAAUAUGGAAGCAGAUCGCGGUGUAACAUGGAGAGCUCACAUACUGAUUUAGAGAGAUAUCUUGAGUCUUUUUUAUUUUUUUCCUGUCCAAAGAGAUCUCUGAGUUAACCGCAAUUGAUUUGUACUCGUUUCCCAAGUAAUGUUCAAUAUAGAAAGCACCAAUUAUA